CGAGAGGAAGUAUUUUGGCAGGAAAUCACUUAACAGGGGUUAAAAUAUAAUGCAACUUAUUUAAAAAUAAAAGCAAUAUUGUACACAGUUUGUGAAAAACUAAUUAAAAAACUUUAAUUCGUAGAAACUUAAAAGUGUUGUUAAGAAAUAUGUCAUAGUGUAACGAUAAUUAACAAAAAUAAUGACAAUGUUAAUGAUGGAACGAAUCGUGACCAACACUAAUCAUAAUUGCCAAGAAGAAAAGGAAAAAUUGCACCCAUCAGAACCGCAAAUAUUUCGUAGGAAAGCCAAAAGGAAACUCGACGAUACGAGGGACGCAGAAAUGUGCGAACAUUCAGAAGAAGAAGAUCUAAACGUCGAUGUAGAAAACGAUGACGCUCUAUGUCCCGUCGAUCUAACUCGACGACAAGAAACUUUCGGUUCUUUCGAAACUUUCCACAAGACUGACUCGAAUAGUGACUUUUCAAGUUGCAAAGACGAUAGAAAGAGUCCCAAAAGUGUUUGUAGUGAUCGAAGUAGGUCUAGAAGUCCUAGGGACCAAAGUCCGUCGGUAGUGCCUAUACAGAAUAGACGUUUAGCGUUUUCCGUGGAAAAUAUUUUGGACCCUAACAAGUUCACCGGAAGGCAGACUGUAUAUAGUGAUGGAUUUUGUUGUUGGAAGCCUUUGGACGCGUCUAGGGGGUCUACUGAUUACGAAGGAAGUGAUGCAGGGAAAGAUCAUCAAUCGGACGACGAAGAAGAUCUCCAAAGUGACAUCAGCGACGACGCUAAAGAUCCAUCGAAAAAGAAGAAAAGCGAUUCCAAAUCUCAAAAUUCCGGCAAACCUCGAAGGGCCCGAACAGCCUUCACGUACGAACAGUUGGUAGCGCUGGAAAACAAGUUCAAAACCACCAGGUACCUCAGCGUGUGCGAAAGGCUCAACCUAGCGAUAAGUUUGAGCCUGACUGAGACCCAAGUGAAGAUUUGGUUCCAAAAUCGGAGGACUAAGUGGAAAAAGCAGAAUCCCGGGAUGGAUGUGAAUUCUCCUACGGUGCCUCCACCUAAUGUUGGUUCGAGUGGAUCGUUUCCAGGAUUCCAUCAUACGCAUAAUGGGUUACUGUAUGGACAUCACGUACCGUACGGUGGGGUUUAUCCAUUGCAGACUUCUAGCUCGGGUUAUACACCGUACUUUCACUUGGCCAAUCAUGGACAUAGUUUAGGAUCUUGAAUAUAAUGUAUAGAGAGUCGUUUGGUUCGUGGUAAUUAAUUUGUUAAUGCAAAAUACGCUUAAAUAAUUUUUUGUUGAUUACUGAUUCAUUGGAUAGUAUUUGUUUAUUUUUUUAAUGUAAAAUAUGUUAAUUAUUAUUGGUGGUUAUUUAUUAAUUUAGAAGAAGUUCCAUUAUUCAUUCAAAAAUAAUAUCAAUUUAAUUGGUUAAAAAGAUUAAAGUGGAAACUUUUUGUUAACUAUUGGUAGAUACUGAACAAAUAUCAAUUUUUGUUUAUUUUUUUAUUGUAAAAAAACGUUUUUGUUAAUUUAGUGAAAGAAAUUCUUCUUUCGAUAUAAUAUGGCAACUUUGAUAGACAUUCCUCAAAUUUUAACACUGUCUUUUAUUUUGCAAUCAUUAUAAUCAUAUUAACCUGCCAAAUUAAAAUUUUGCCGUACGCGUACGGCAGAAUCUGUCGCGUUCAACUCAUGUCAGUUUUAGUAAAAGUUCAACUUGCUCUGUUGAUACAAACAGGUGAAAAUGAGUUCUUAUGAAUUAAAUAACGCGCUAGUGACGAAAAAAUUUUAACGGUAGAAGAAGACGAAGAAGAACUGUUAGUUUGUAAGUAAAAUAAAAAAAUAUUUUUUACUAUAUUCUCUUUGCAACUUAUGCGAAUUGUUUACAUUAUACAAAUACUCUCCUAAGUAACCAACUCGACCAAAUAGGUACUAUAGAAUGUAUAAAUGACAAAAUUGGGAAAAUGAAGAGAAAAACAACUAAAUUGUGUGUAAAUCAUUCAAAAUAAGUAAUUCCGUAAAAAAAAAUACAUAAAAAGUUUUACGGAAUAGUAAUCUUGAAAGAUUUGACAAUCGUGAUACUAAUACAUGAACUUCAAAUCCAACUUUUAGGAAUUAAAACAUCUAAUUGGGAAAGGGCAUCGUUUGCUAAUUGGUCACAUUGAUUCAAAUUCUGGUUAUAUUGAGGUUGGUUUGUUGAUAUUCACUUCAAAGAGACAGUGUAAUUAUUAUGAAUACAUGAAUGCCAACUUAGAUUGCUUGGGCCUGAAACUUUGAGAGGAAGGCUAAAUAAAGAAUCUAAACAUUGGCAUAAGAAAAUAUUAUUAACUUUGCUUCAUUUAAAUUUUUUAAAGAACUAUAUAUAAAAUAUUUGUCUGCAACAUCAUCAUUUGAAAAUAUUGAGGACAAUCUGUUUAAUAGUUUACAACCGAAAUUGAUUAAUUUUAUUAAAACAUCUUAUUGGGACUUCGUUUUUGGCUACUAGAGCCUGCUAAAUGCGUACUAUAUAUUUAUAUUAAAUACCACAACCAAAAUGAUGAAUAUUAUGUAUUUAUUUGUGCCAUAAAAAAGACUGUAAAUAUUUAAUUAUAAGUAGGAACUGCAUGUCAAAAUACAAUUCAAUUAGAUAAAACUUUUAAAACUUCAACAAAAAGCAAAUAAAAUAUUUUUCUUAAAAUCACUUCUCAAGACACAUUUAUAUAUGGUGUUAAAAAUAACAUGAGUAAAAUUUUUGAAGCAAAAUGGAACCAAAAGCCUUAUUGUAUGUAAUUAAUUAAAUAUUUUGAAUGACUGUCCAUUAAAGAAAUAAUAUACAAAAUUAAUUUAGUAAGAAAGUAUAUGCUUAGAAGUAAUGCG